AUGGGGGAGAAGACCUUGAUCAUGGGGGUGUGGGGAGGGUGGGAGGCGCCUGCAAAAGGGGGGAGGGUUAGUGGUUACGGUUACAGCUACGGUUACGGCUACGGUUACAGUUACAGUUACGGUUACGGCUACGGUUACGGUUACGGUUACGGUUACGGUUACGGUUACAGCUACGGUUACGGCUACGGUUACGGUUACGGCUACGGUUACGGCUACGGUUACGGUUACGGCUACGGUUACGGCUACGGUUACGGUUACGGUUACAGCUACGGUUACGGCUACGGUUACGGCUACGGUUACGGUUACGGCUACGGUUACGGCUACGGUUACGGUUACGGUUACAGCUACGGUUACGGCUACGGUUACAGGAACCCUCGCUGUGGCAACAUUGACUGA